UUGAUUAAAUAACAAUAUAUCAACGAUUUUGAACUCGUACCGGGUACUUGACCUUAGAAGCCGCGGUUGAACCAAUCUUGAUCCAUUUACAAAUUGGGUGGCCGGAAAAAACAUCCACCAAACCAAACACACCACGUUUACGUUUGACCUAACCUGUGUUUAGAUGAAGUAAUCAUUGAGGAACCACAGAUUUAGAAGCUGUUUACUUCUAGAAAUUCAGAAUCUUUGGUAACCCUAGCUGAAACCAUGGCAGGUGAAACUGAAACCCUAGAAAAGCCUGUAGAUGGUGUUUGUACUCUUGGGAGUGAUGCUGAGCUGAAUGAUGAUGUGGGUUUGGAUGGUUCAGUUGAGGAAGAUAAAGAUGUGAAUUCUGCAGGUGAAGGAGCUGCUGGGGCUCUGGUUGAGGGUUCUGUGGUUUUGAGGUCCUUAGAAGGGGAGAGUGAGAAUGGAACAGCUGAGUUGGAUGGACAUGAUGCAACCUUGGAUGAGCAGAAGAGCGUUGUUCUCAAGGAGGAGAAUAAAAUGUCGGGCGAAGAAAUUAUGAGUGAUGUUAUUGAGGUUGAGUUGGGUGAUAAGCAUGGUGUUGAAGGGCAAGCUGACAUUUCUGAGCAGAUUGUUUCACAUAGAGAGCAGGAGGUUGGAGGUGAAGAAUUUAAUGAUGCUAAGAAGCGAAAAACGAUGGAUGGGAAAGUCCUGAAGCGUGCUUCCAUGAAGAGUUCAGGGAAAAAUUAUCAAGUGAGUUAUCAGCUGCCGCCUGAAAAGGAAGGUGAAUUUCCUUUGUAUGGUAUGGUUUGGGGUAAGGUGAGAAGUCAUCCAUGGUGGCCUGGACAGAUAUUUGAUCCCUCGGAUGCAUCUGCACUGGCAAUGAAGCAUUUUAAAAAGGGUUCCUAUCUGGUAGCAUAUUAUGGGGAUGGAACAUUUGCCUGGAAUGAAGCAUCUCAGCUAAAGCCCUUCAGGACACAUUUCUCUUCUAUUGAAAACAAGAGCAAUUCGGAUAUCUUCCGGAGUGCUGUAGACUGUGCUAUGGAAGAAGUCACUAGACGAGUAGAAUUUGGGCUAGCAUGUUCCUGUAUACAUAAAGAUACAUAUGACAAGAUUAAAGUCCAGGUUGUAGAAAAUGUUGGGAUCCGAGAAGAACUUAGUGUGGCGAACAUAGUGGAUGAAUCUUUAAACAUUAGCUCCUUUUCACCGGAGAAGCUCAUUGAAUACUUAAAAACUCUAUCUGAGUUGCCAACCGGUGGCUUUGAUAGAUUGGAGCUUUCAAUUGCUAAGGCUCAGUUGCUUGCAUUCUAUCGUUUGAAAGGUUACUCUUACUUGCCUCAAUUGCAAUAUUGUGGAGGUUUGGAAAAUGACAUUGACAACUUAGUUGAUGAUGCUGAUAAAAAUCGGAGUGAAGUUCAUGAGCUGGCAACUCAUGUGAGUAAGAAUGAUGGUCAAUCUGGUACAGGAAACUUGAAAACCGAAAAUGGUUCUUGUAAUAAACAUAAACAUAAUCUGAAGGAUGUUGUGUAUACACGGAAGAAGAAAAGAUUUUCCGAACCAGUUGGCGGGACUUCAGAUUCUACUGAUGGUGAUAUUUGGUCUAAUGAGGUCACUGAUGUUCUGAUUACCCCUUCCCUUUCCAAGAAAAGGAAGACCAUUGUUGAUGUCUCAGGGAAAGAUAGGAGCAAAUCAGUUUCCCUUGCAAAAGUUUCAAAUACUGCCAAACAAUCAUUUAAAAUUGGUGAUUGUAUUCGUAGGGUUGCUAGCCAACUUACUGGACCAUCCUCCAUGCUGAAGUGUUCUGGAGCCAAGUCUCAGAUAGCAGAUGAAGGUGCUGAUGAUUUUUCUGGAAAUGGAACCGAUGUCUUCUCCCUUAAUCUUGAGGAGGCUCAGAAGUCAGGCUUGAUUUUUCAUAAAGGAUGUUCAUCUCUAGGUGAUUUGCUAUCUUCACUUCAAUGGGUAGCACAUGAACCUCAGGGAGAUUAUAGUUUCUUGAAUGUUAUAGUGAGCUUCUUCUCUGAUUUCAGGAAUUCAAUAACUGUGGGCAAUGAUUCUGGGAAAGAAAUCUUACCUACAAAUGAGGUUGGUACUAAAAGGAAGAAACCACUCAUAGGUGGAUCACCUGAAACAUGUAAAUUUGAUGAUCUGGGUGACACAUAUUUGAAAGACAUGGUCAUCCAGGUUAGUCGUCGCCGUAGGUCCUAUUCCACAAAACGCUAUUCUGACAGCAACCAUGUGGAGGAUCCUGAAAAACCUUCUGGUUAUAUAGAUGAAGAAUCCCCAGCUGAACUUGUUUCAAGCUUUUCUGAGUUGGAUUCUGUUCCUUCAGAAACAAGCCUAAGUAAGAUCUUUAGGCAUUUUGGACCUCUAAAGGAAUCUGAAACAGAGAUUGACAGAGAAAGCAGCAGGGCUAGAGUGGUUUUCAAGAAGCGUGCCGAUGCGGAGGUUGCUUUCAGUAGCGCGAAAAAGUUCAACUUAUUUGGUUCAGCUCUUGUAAAUUACCAGCUUAACUAUACUCCAGGUCGUGGAUAGUGCCGGUGGAACAUUUGUAAGGAAGCAUGUCAGGUGACUAGCAAUCUAGAACAAGAUCAGUAGGAGGAUGUUUAGACAGCAACAACCUGAGACUUUUUUGGAAGGAUUUUGGAAGAAAACAGAGGUAUUACUUAGAUAAAUUUGGUUAGUGAUUAGUGAUUAGUGAUUAGUGAUUAGUGAUUUUUGGCUUUUAUGAUACAGCCAAUGCAUCUUCUGUUAGUUCUAACUACAUUCAUAGAUAUAUGUGAUAUUAGGAAAUGAAAAUUUCUAUCUUGACUUUGAGUUGUAUAUUGGUUCGAAAAUGUUGACAAGUAAACCAUUCAGUUUCUAUGGUACACAGUAAUUUGAUUUCCUUUC